AUGGUCAUCGGCCUGUUGGCAAUCGCCGCCAUCCCCACAGUCAUCGGCACCGGGCAAGCUGUAAGCGCCCAGAAGAAACAGAAUGCCGCAGCAAAGGAGCAGGCCAAGUUCAGUCUCACCACCGUCCUCGACCUUGACGGCAAAGAAGAGGAGUGUCCAGUCGUCCUCGUUGACAACAAGCUCUGGAUAAAUCACAGCCUGGCACCGGCCCCGGGCCACAAGUUCUCGGGGUACUACUUCAACUACCCCAGCGAAGAGCAGUACCGUGGCCUGGUCUCCACCAUAUCCGAUGAUCCGCCCAUGCUCAACUGGAUCUACGUCGACGCCGACACCAGAGCCAUGCGGCACGGGGGCCGCAAAGACACCGUCGACCACGUCAUAGGCCCCUGGGGCUGGACAGAGGAUGAGAAGUAUCUCUCGUUACGUGGCAGCGGCCUCGGCUUCGUCGCCGUCCUGGAAGACAACGACAAGUGGGCAGUCUACUGGGAUCCUGACGGGAGGCUGCGUGAGGGCUACGACGAGGAGGACUGCGUCGAGAUCUCCCUCAAGAGACAAAUGGCGCUAGGCAUUGAAAGCGGCUACGUUAGAGGUUAG